UUCCAGCGCUGAGGGGCAGCAGCCAACUCGUAAAGCAGGAGGAUUGCCGAAACAGGCACACUCGAGUGCGCCCAGCCAUAUUCGCCCAGAUAAUACACCCCACUUUUGGGCUUUCGAGAGACAAGACGCUGCUCCUCCCUGCAGAAAACCAUCUAGGCCGCUGCUCAACACCCCGUCGCUAUUUGUGCCCCGGUUCUCAGACAAAAGCCAAAUACUGGUACACCCUCGCCCACGAUGGCUUCAGGAGGGCAACAGAUAAAUCUGGACAGCCUCAGCGCACAGCAGCUGAGCGCAGUCAAGAAGCAGCUGGACGAGGAGGUCGAGCACUUGACAGGUUCCUUUACCCAGCUACAUGCCGCACAGGGAAAGUUCCGUGAGUGCCUGCGUGUCGUCAAGGAGCAGGCUGCGUCGUCAGAGUCAAAACGAGAUGUCCUCGUGCCCUUGACAAACUCUCUCUACGUCCAGGGGAAGCUGUCAGACCCAGACCGGGUUCUCGUCGACGUCGGCACAGGUUUCUAUAUUGAAAAGAACGCCAAGAGUGCAGCAGAGUUCUACGAGACCAAAACAAAAGAGCUAGGAACCAAUAUCCAGGGCCUAGAGGCCAUCAUCCAGGGCAAAACCAACAACUUGCGUGUGGUCGAAGAAGUCUUGCGCCAAAAGCUCGCGACAGCUGCAACACCAUCUACAUAGCCCUAAUUCACUUGAGAAUGAAUCAAGUCUAUAGUGUAGCUCAAAAUGCAGUCGAACCAGGCACUCAACGGCCCUCUCCUACUAGAAAGCGACCAGUCGUGCAGACCACUACAGUCCACAAAUUCAACCGCUGCCAAACCCUCUAAGAAACCCCAUUCCUUCUCAUAUGUCUCAUUGUGGUUUUGAUUCGCCUGUGGCUUUGAUCCUUUCCCUUGACCAAUCCACUC